CCUUGUGCGAACGGGCUGUACAUGGUGCGAUACCUUGGCCCGACGCGCCUGAAAAUUCCCGAUAGCUGGCGCCACGUGAGCCUCGUUGACUGGGAGUGCACAUGCCAGGACUGGCAAGAUCAGCAGUUCCCGUGCCUGCACGCGAUCCAUGCAUCUGAGCUAGAGCAGCGUCGUAUCGAUUCCCUUUACGACACCAAGCAAAACUCGAUCGAGAAUUACCUGGCGUGCUAUUCUACUGCCUUCACGCCGUGGCCUGUGGAUGCAUCCUCAAUCACGCUUGACACGUCACUGAAGACACCGCUCGACCUGUUCUACACAGAGGAGGUUACUGGGCGGCGAAAGCCCGGCCCGCGACCGAAGAAGAAGAACAAGGAAGCAGAGGUUCUUCCAUGA